AUGGGAUAGGUUUACUGGGAAGGCGGAAGGUUUGAAUUGCCAGGACCUGUGACUGUUGAUAUUCUUGCACCGAGGCUAUAACUUCGACCCUCUCCUGAGAGAAGCGCAAACCUCGACCCGAACCUAUCCUGUCUAGAAGCAGAAUUGUAGUCUGGUUAAUUGACUCCUUUCCUCAGAUUUCUUUUAAUUUUGAUUAAGUCUUUGCUUGUGACUGAUUUCCCACUUCCGUUUCUCCUGAGGUUUCGGAGGCCAUGUCAGCAGAAUCCAUUUCAUCCGCAGGAGAGGAGGGACGCCUCAGCUCAGGACCCAGUUUUAGAUCCAGUCGGAGGAAGAUAUUAAACCUGCUUCUGGAGAGAGACACUUCCUUUACCACCUGUCCAGAUCUCCCUAGAACUCCAGUGAACAAACUCUUUGGUGAUUCUGCAAACCUAAGCGUUUUGUCUGGAGGAACCCCAAAAUGUUGCCUUGAUCUUUCGAAUCUUAGCGGUGGUGGAGAGAUGUCUGCCAAUCAACUUACCACUUCUGCAGACACUGAUGACAUUGGUCAUUUGGAUUCUAAAGGACCUCAGGAAAUACAUUUAACUGGGAUGAAUCAUCAACAGCACCUUACAAAAUGCAGCCCAGCACAGCUGCGUUGUAGCACUCCAAAUGCUUUGGACCAUGGCAACAGGAAGAAAGAUGCAAUAUGUAGCUCAUCCACAAAUAAAGAAAAUGAGAACAACACUUUGAAGUCCUUGGAGUGGUGGGUACCCAGGACCCUGAAGUUUCGAAAGAGACCACGGGGGCCUUACAUGUCUCCCCUUUCUCUACUGGACAAUGGAAACUUUUUGGAAAGUGAAAUGAAGUAUCUGGGCAGCCCCAUUACUACACUUCCAAAAUUGGAUAAAAAUCCAGAACUAGAAGAUCAAGCAGAGGAGAUUUCCAAUGAAUUGAUGGAGUUUUCGCUGGACGAUCAGGAAGAGCCCAAGGCAUCUCUGAAUAGAAGCUCCUUGUAUCGCUCUCCUUCAUUGCCAGAGAAUUUGAACAGGCCAAGACUGAAGCAGGUGGUAAAAUUCAAGGACAACCCAGUACCAGAUAAAGAAAAAAAGUAUUAUUCUAGCCACAAAGAGCUCAGGAAGGGCUUAGGUCUAAAGAAGACAGUCUCUCUCUGUGACAUUAAUAUCACUCAGAUGCUGGAGGAAGAUUCUAACCAGGGCUCUCUGAUUGGUGAUUUCUCCAAGGUAUGUGUGCUGCCAACCGUGUCAGGGAGACACCAGGAUCUGAAGUACGUCAACCCAGAAACAGUGGCUGCCUUACUGUCAGGGAAGUUCCAGAGUCUGAUUGAGAAGUUUUAUAUCAUCGAUUGCCGCUAUCCAUAUGAGUACCUGGGAGGACACAUCCAGGGAGCCUUAAACUUGUACAGUCAGGAAGAACUGUAUGACUUCUUUCUGAAGAAGCCCAUUGUCCCUCUGGACACCCAGAAAAGAAUAAUCAUCGUGUUCCACUGUGAAUUCUCCUCAGAGAGGGGUCCCCGAAUGUGCCGCUCUCUGAGAGAAGAGGACAGGGCUCUGAACCAGUAUCCUGCAUUGUACUAUCCAGAACUAUAUAUCCUCAAAGGGGGCUACAAAGACUUCUUUCCAGAAUAUACGGAGCUGUGCGAACCACAGAGCUACUGCCCUAUGCAUCAUCAAGACCAUAAGGCUGAGCUGCUGAAGUGUCGAAGCCAGAGCAAAGCAUGGGAAGGAGAGCGGCAGCUGCAGGAGCAGAUUGCCUUACUGGUGAAGGAUGUGAGCCCAUGAUAGUGGGUCAGUGGUUGGCUGUCUAGGAGUCACCAAAAGACACUGUAGAAAUGCUGAGCAGAAAGAGGCCAUGUUGUAUGUGGCUAAACCCAAGAUUGUUAAAAGAUGUCUGCAAACCAACAAGAUGCCAAGCUAAUGAAAUUCCAGGCCUGGGUGUUGGUUUUAGCAGAGCUGCUGGCUGGUGACUGAGUCCUGGAGCUGGCUCUAGAAGGCUGUAGCCUUGAGUUAUAUGGGGAUUUGUUGCUUUGGGAAGUGUUUGCAUUCUCUUCCCAUUUAGACUUGUCUUCUCACAAGCCAGCCAGCGCUUUCCCUGGUCUUCUGCCUGUGCAAAGAGUUGCCCAUCUUCUUUCUCUAUACUUGCCUUCUUUGUUUCCUUCUUUCUCUUUUUCUUAAAUGGGAAAAUAAACACUACAGAAUGAGAGAUUUGAUUGUGAGCCCAGUCUACUCCUAGAAGAUCUUUAUGAGAAAGAGAUCACCAAAUUAGUCUCCUUCAGACAAAGGUGUAACAAUCUUGAUUUAUAGCUGAGGCCAAGGUGCUUUUCUCUAGACCAGUGGUUCUCAGAUUUGGGCCCUAGACCAUAGGGAUCAUCUGAACUUGUUUGAAAUGUAAAUUUUCAGGCCUCACAGCAGACCCACUAAAUCAAAACCUCUGAGGGCUCAGAAUUUGGGGUUUUAAAAUUUUUCCCUUUCAGGUGAUUCUGAUGCAUGCUGAGGCUUGAAAACCACUGCUCUGGAAUUAAGGAAAAGCUUUUUUUUCUUCUUUUUUUUAGCAAGGGGUGGGGUAGUGGGGAGAGGGAGAGAGAGAAAGAAUCUCCCUGCCCAGUUCAGAGCCCGAGGCAGGGCUCACUUAACCAAUUGAGCCACCCAGGCGCCCCUUAAGGAAAACCUUUCAAGUUAUAUUCUUUAGCGGUAUCUCAGCUUUCCUUUCCUGGACCAUUCCAAGUAUGGGAUACCUUAAAAGUGUGCCCCACACUCAGCACUCUGUGAUAACUAGGCGCAGAAAACCAAGGUGAUUGGCAUCUCUAAAUCAGGUUAUAGGUGAGUUGGGCUUUAAAAGAUUCCUUAUCUACAACCUCAAUGGAAUUUUGACUUUUCCCAUUUCCCAACUCUUUCCUUGACUUCAUUUUACAUCUCACAGAGAUGACUUGGGAUAGUUGGAAGUAGAGAUAUGUUCUGUCUGAAGGUAGGAAUAAAAGGAUAGAAAAGUAGCAAACGAGCUGUUAGACUUAAGGAAGACCUUUUAUUUACUUGUUUUUUUUAGGAAGACCUUUUAAAGUGCAUUCUUCGGCACUAUCCCAGGCUUUCCAUUCUUAGAGCUCUUUAGACAAGUAGGUUUUCGUCUUCGUAGUGAGAUACAGCCCUAUGGCCUGGGGUGGCAGUGGAAUUGACUAAACAUUGUCACUCUCCCACAUUAACCUAGUGGGAAUGCUAGCCCAGGACUAGAAAAGGACAAAGAUCUCUGACACCUGGAUGAGACAGAAUAGAAAUAAAAAUGACCUCUUCCCGAGUUCUGGAGCAGGGACACCUUUUUUCAGUGAGUGGGAGGGAAGAAGGGCUGUUGCUGGACUGAUGUUUGCAAGGUUGGCCAGGGCUCUUCUCCUGGAGUGCUGCGCGUGUGCCUCCCAGCAGAGGGCACUGCUGCAUUCUUUAACACAGCUUCUGGGACCCGCCGCCUCCACUGUCUGCUCUUGCCUCUGUCCAGAGGGAAGCUACCUGGCCUUCUCCCCAAGCCCUUGAGCUCAGAGUGAAAGGAGCGAAAAGCUGUUUCCACAGUAGGUGCAGAUGGCUGAGGGGGAGAUGCUGCUCCUCUGUCCCACCCCCACAUACUUACCUGCCAAACAGGUACUCCUGGUGGCCUGAGGAGGAAAAUGUUUGAUGCACCUCCACCUCCAAGUAUGAGGAGGGGGGUCCCAGGACUCACUGCCUAACCUAGUGGGUCAUUUCCUGAUCAUUUUCCCCAGAAAAGUAGAACCAACCCUCCCUACCCCCAAGGAAGAGACUGGUACACAUGUUCACAUUUCAGUAAUCUUAAUUAAGUGGAAAUUCUGAGUUGCAAAACAAAAACUAGGGCUUAAUUAGUUUAUCUACUUUGUGAAAAAAAUUGUAUUUGCCUAAAAGGCACCAUUUGCCUAUAUCAUUUCUUAUAAUAUCCUCCCAUUGCAUAGGUGCCAUGCGAUUUGAUUCAUGUUUUUUUUUUUUUUUUUUGAAGAUUUUAUUUAUUUGAGAGAGAAUGAGAGAGCGAUCAGGAGAGGGGGGAAGGUCAGAGAGAGAAGCAGACCCCCCGCUGAGCAGGGAGCCCGAUCCGGGACUCAAUCCUGGGACUCCAGGAUCAUGACCUGAGCCCAAGGCAGUCGCUUAACCAACUGAGCCACUCAGGCGCCCUGAUUCAUGUUAUUUUUAGGAGUAAUAAUGGUAGCUAACAUUUUUCAGGUGCUUACUAUAUGCAAGUCUUUUUAUGAACUCAUUUUAUAUGUAUAAACUAAUUUAAUUUUCACAACAAUUCUGUGAGGCAGGUACUUAUUAUUUUGCACAUUUUACAGAUAAAGGUAUUGAGACACAGAGGGAUUAAGUAGCUUGUUUAAGAUCACACAGCUAAUGAACAGUGGAGUUGGGGUUUGAACCUAGACAGUAUGGCUCCAGUGUCUAUACCCUGAAUGGAUUUGCUGUUACCAAAUCCUCAUCAAAGAACAGUGUGCCUUUCUAGAGUUGACACUGUAUUAGACUUUAAAUAUGUAAGAUCCUCAAUUAUGGAUUCUUUAUUUUUUUUAAGAUUUUAUUUAUUUAUUUGAGAGAGAGAGAAUGAGAGACAGAGAGCACAAGAGGGAAGAGGGCAGAGGGAGAAGCAGACCCCCCGCCAAGCAGGGAGCCCGAUGCGGGACUCGAUCCCGGGACUCCAGGAUCAUGACCUGAGCCGAAGGCAGUCGAUUAACCAACUGAGCCACCCAGGCGCCCUCAAUUAUAGAUUCUUAAGAAGUCAGGGCUAUAAGGUUGUUGCUUGGGGUUGGCAGGUGAGGCUAAGUGUUAAGACCCCAGGCUGGAGACCUUGGCAUGAAGCAUAUAGCGGGUUAGCUCUACACUAACACUGACUGUAUUUGUUUAUCAUAAAGUCAAGAAAUGAAGAUUGGAAACCGUUCUUUCUAAAAACAUGGUUUUCAGUCCUAGUCCAGGACCUGGCUGACCUCUGCCAUAGAGAAGGGAGGAGCAUUUUCCUUUCCUCAUCAGGAGUAUAAAGUGGGGGGAGGUAUGGAAGAUUCCCUUUCCCCAUUCAGUUCAGGCAAAUGUUGAGGAAACACCAGUUCCUUUAAACAUAUAUCUGGGGUUCUCAAUUCUAAGUACCACAGGUAUUCAGUUAUGAAACUGUCCCUUCCCUCAAAAGACUGGCAAGGUAGAGAAUGAUUCCCUUUUUUCCCAUCCCUAUACGCAGUCUGGCCCACUGCAAAGAAAAGAAGUACUGUAGCCUCCAGCUCCAAAGCAGCAAGUCUGGUGGUGGCGGCAGGCCAAGUUCGCAGAAAAAUUAACUCCUGCACGCUACCUGGAAUGAUAACAUUUAUUCAGUGCAUGCUCUGUGCCAGGCACUAUGCUAAACUCUGUACUCAAUAUACUUAAAUAAUCCUCACAACUGUUAUAUGAAGUAGAUACUGUUAUUAAUUUUACUCAUGAAGAAACUGAAGCACAGAAAAAUUAAGUGCUGUGCCCAAGGUCAUCCAGGCUUUGUUGGAAAUGGCAGUUGAAUCCAGGCAGUCUAUAAAGCUUGUGUUCUUUUUUUUUUUUUUUUAAGAUUUUAUUUAUUUGACAGCGACACAGUGAGAGAGGGAACACAAGCAGGGGGAGUGAGAGAGGGAGAAGCAAGCCUCCCGCAGAGCAGGGAGCCCAACGUGGGGCUCGAUCCCAGCACCCUGGGAUCAUGACCCGAGCUGAAGGCAGACGCUUAAUGACUGAGCCACCCAGGCGCCCCAAAGCUUGUGUUCUUUUUUUUUUUUUUAAAGAUUUUAUUUAUUUAUUUGACAGAGAGAGACAUAGCGAGUGAGGGAACACAAGCAGGGGGAGUGGCAGAGGGAGAAGCAGGCUCUCUGCUGAGCAAGGAGCCCGAUGCAGGACUCGAUACCAGGACCCUGGGAUCAUGACCUCAGCCAAAGGCAGACGCAAAGCUUGUGUUCUUGACUAUUCAGCACACUGCUAAUAUCCUAAGUGAGGGUAGCAGGAGGAAUUAAAGCUUUCAGUGAGAGAAGGCUUGAUAGAAGGCAGAAAAACAUGAUUACAAAUGAAAGUGGAGUAAGAUACAAGGUUUUUAGACUGUUGAGCCCAAUCAGUGGAUUGCAAAGUCUCCCAGGGCAGGGUUUGUCUCUUAAUCAUUUUUGCACCUGGUUCAAAGUUGAACCCAUAAUCAGUCUCAAAAGACCUUAUUGAAUGAUGGCUGAAUAGCAUCAUCUUUGUAGAAAGGACAGGCUCAUUUGUCAUUAUCCACAAGGUUCCCAAAGACAAGACUGCUUAUCUAGCAGGUGUUGGCAGUCACAGGGGACAUGGUUGGUGGGGAGAGGGUGUGCUGGAAGAGCUGGCAAUAUAAGUGUUGGAGUCAUAAUUAUUUACAGAGGCUUCCUCAUCCCUCCCCUACCUUUGGUUUCCAAUCGUCAUCCAAGGCUCGGUGAUGUCAGGCUUUCUACUCCAGUGCCCAGAUAGAAAGACACUCCAGCAUCUCAUUCUCACAAAAAGGUGAGAAUUCUGCCUAUUACAGGUGGAAUUGAGCAUUGCUCUUAGCCUAGCAGUCUGACUUUGUUCCUGCCUUCCUGGUCCAUUCCAUGGGGAUGGCACGGAAUAGACACUUAGAGUAUGCAUCCUGAACACAUGCCUUUUCCCAGCCUAUCCUCCCACCCAAACUUGAUUGGGCUUGGUUGCUGAAAGAGGGGAAGAGCAAAGGUGAUACCUCUUAACUACCUCCACCCCAACCUCUGUUGAUUCAUAGGUCUCUCAGCUGUUUCCUAGCAUCCCAACCAUCUGAAAUGGUUGCCAUUUGGGGCGCCUUGGUGGCACAGUUGGUUAGGUGUCUGACUCUUGGUUUUGGUUCAGGGCUGAUCUCGGUGCUGUGAGAUCAAGUCCCAAGUCGGGCUCCGUGCUCACUGAGUCUGCUUGAGUUUCUCUCUCCCCCUGCCAUGCGUUCUCUCUCUCUCUCUCUCUCUCUCAAAUAAAUAAAUAAAAUUUUGAAAUUGUUUCCCUUUGCUUUUUUUUUUUUUUUUUUUAAGAUUUUAUUCAUUUAUGUGUGUGAGAGAGAGCAGAAGUAGGGGGAGCGGCAGAGGGAGAGGGAAAAGCAGACUCCACGCUGAGCAGAGAGCCCAACAUGGGGCUCAAUUCCAGGACUUUGGGAUUGUGACCUGAGCUGAAGGCAGACGCUUAACCGACUGAGCCACCCAGGCUCCCCAAGUUACCCUUUGCUUUUAAAUCCCAUUUUGAAAUCGUUGCCAGAGUGGAGUGGACAGUGGGGGCUUUCUGUGCCCAACUACAGCUUUCUGACCUUACUGGAGGAGAAGGCAUAGGGAGGUAGUGCGGAGCUGGGGAAAACAGGCCCUGUACAAAAGCUGAGGAGCCAGAUGUUCACUUUCACAGCUCUCCUGGAAGACUGGCAGGGCAGAUAGAGAUUAAAACGAAGAACAAACUCCAUUUAAAGUGCAUUACAGUUCAGGAACUAGCUCCCCUUGGGCAGGAGAAGGGAGGAAAGGGCACAAGAGGCCACAUUUCUCCUUCCUUAUCUAGGGCCACAUGUCUCUCUCCCAGCUUUGUGAAGGGUGAUUUACACCCCUGGCUGGAAUGACUCUCUUUCUGGGCUGAUUACAUCGGCAAAUGCCCCCCAGAGGCCAUAGUAGGAUGGCCAUAUUCAGAAGCAGCAGCCAAUAAAUCUCAGAGGUUUAUACUGCACUUCUCAAUACCCUCCUCCUGGCCCUCUGCCAGGCCUCUGUACAAGUGAGGAAAGGGCUUGGGCUGCAGGGAUAGGGGGUGAAACCCUCCACUUUUUUCAUCAUCCUAUCUCUUUCUAAGCACUUAGUUGUUCUUCCAAGUCAUUGUGUCUCUGUUUUUACCCUGGGAGCACGUGGGAAUCAACCCUAUGCCCAACAAAUACCCUUACCUUGUGGGUAGAAAUCCUGGGCUUUGGGCACAGCUGUGUUUCUACCUCGCUGUUUAAUCUUAGUAGAGUAGGUUGUUUUCUGAAACAUCACCUAAAAAGA